AUGGAUAAAGCUGACAAAGAAGCUCAAGCCACUCUUCAAAGCAAAAAGCUUUUAUUUCCUAAGUGGACUUUGAAGCGAAUCCAACAUGAUGCUGUUGAUUUACCUAGCCAGUAUUGGUUAGAGCCAGUUGUGUCUUUUGAUCUUCAAAACACACAAGAUUCGCAACUGGAUCUACCAAUCACUCCACAGGACUUCAAGUUUCGCUCUUUUGUUAAAAUUGCAAACGCUCCAUCCACAAAUUGCGGGGCUGAUCACAUGCUUUUCUCAUUUUAUUUGAAGCACAUGAAGCCACAAUAUGAAACAUGGUGUGCAAGAAAAAUAACUGCCGUGAAAGUCACAGGACCAAUCGAAACUGACAGCUUCCCAAAUGCGAAGUUCAAAGUGGCGAGAGGUUCAGUCAUCCAGGUCUAUGAAUUUACACUCGCAGACUUGCCUUGUCUUAACCCUUAUGACUGGAUCGUACUCUACAACAUGCUGCUGAAAGAUAAAGAGAAAUACGAACCUGUCAUGUUGAUGUGUGUGAAAUGCACUAGUUUUAAUCCUACUAACUUAGACACAAAAUAA